AUGAGAUAUGUUAGCCUGUCUCUUUGGUGCGAUUCCUGUGAGGAUGGAGCUUUGUUGAAGUUCAGCCCUGUCCUUGAAGAAUGUCUGUGGUUCUCUGAAGCUCAAUUUCAAGUGUUUCAAGAAGCCCCUUUGAAUGACUUGGCCGGGAGCCUAAACCGACAGGACCGACAGGUUCCAGGUUGUUCGGCUUGGAGCACGGGCCUCCAUGGUGCUUGCUUGCCUUGGCGCACCAAGUGCGCUCCACGGCGUCGAAGGGUCCUCGCAUCGGAUGGGCCCUUUGGGUCUGAAGGGAACAAAACAUGGGUCACUUGUGACUCACUUGUGAAGAUGCUGCAGGAUCGGGAUCAAUCAAUCAUGGAUAUAUUUAAGCUGCUAACUUUAGUGAGGAUAUGA